AUGGAAGAGGAUGAUAAGAUUGUGAAGACAGUUACUAAUCAAAAUGUUGAUAGUGGUGAUGCUGGAAUGGGUUCUAAUGAAAGCAAGAAUAACAAAUUGAUUUCUUCAAUCAAGGGAGAGGGGAAGAAGAAAGGAAAUGAAAGUAAUAAAAUGAAUAAAGAUAAGUUGGAGUCGGAUAAUAAUAGCAGUAAGAUGGGGAGUUCUCAGGCAUUUGAGGAGAAGGAGGUUAUUGAUGUUAUUAGGUGUAAUAACCUUGGUAUUUGUGCUGUGAUUGAAUCUCAUGUCAAAGUCUUAAAUCUCAAGAGUGUUUGUGCUAAGACUUUUGGGCAGUGGGAUUGGAUCUCUAAUAAUAAUAGUUGUGAAGCUGGUACUAGAAUAAUAGUGGGGUGGAAUCCAAGACUUUUUGAUGUGAUAUUGCUUUCUCAAUCCAAACAGGUGAUUUUUAAUGUUGCUAUAAAACCUUCGGAAUAUUCUGAAAGCUGUUCUAGAACUCCUAAAGGAGUUGAAGAUUUUGUUGAUUGUUUGAGUUUUAUUGAAGUGGAGGACUUGAAGUCUUAUGGGUUUCAGUUUACAUGGAACAAAACUCCUAUGGGUAAUAUGGGGCUGUUGAAGAAGCUUGAUAGAGUUAUGGUUAAUCAAAAAUUUAUUUCGAACCAUCCUCUUGCUCAUGCUGUCUUUAAACCAUACAGAAAUUCGGAUCAUUGCCCUGCUAUUUUAAAUUUUCCUGUUGAAGAUUCUCAAGAAACAUUGCAGGGAGAUGACAAUAAAUAUUGGGGUGCUGGAAAAAGAAUUCAGAAGUUAAGAAAGGAUUUGGAAUGUAAACAACAAGAUAUUGACAAUAAUCCUUUUGAUUGCAAGAUUAGGGAAGAGCAUGCUAAUAUUCUCUUAGAUUUUAAUAUUGCUUGUAAUGAUGAAGAAAAGCUUCUUGCUCAGCGUGCUAAAAUCAAAUGGUUACAGGAUGGGGACAAUAACUCUAAAUUCUUUCACAAAAUAGUUAAAAGCAGGGGUAUCAGUAAUCGUAUUCAGAUGGUUCUGAAUGAAGAUGGUUGUUGGGUGAGUGGGAAGGCUAUGAUAGAGAAGUUUGUGUCUCACUUUAAUAAGUUUUUGGGAUACAGUAGGGUGGCUGUUGAUAUGAUUAGAGUGGUUACUGAUGAAGAAAUUAAAUUGGCGAUGUUUGACAUAGAUGACAAUCGUGCCCCUGGGCCUGAUGGGUAUUCUUCAAAAUUUUUUAAAAGUUCUUGGAGUAUUGUUGGUCCAGAUGUUUGUAAGGCUGUGAGAGAAUUCUUUUGGACUGGUAAAUUGUUGAAGGGGAUUAAUGCCACGAGAAUUGUCCUGGUCCCUAAAGUUGAGGUUCCGAGGAAAGUGUCUGAUUUUAGACCUAUAGCUUGCUGUAACACUUUUUAUAAGUGUAUCAGUAAGAUUAUAGUGAAUAGAAUUAGAAAUUGUUUGGGUGAUAUUGUAAGUAAUAACCAAUCAGCUUUUAUACCUGGUAGAUCUAUUUUGGACAAUAUUCUUCUUGCUCAGGAGUUGAUGGUGGGGUACAAAAAAAAGAGAGGUACCCCUAAAUGUACGAUAAAGAUUGAUAUACAAAAGGCUUAUGAUACGGUGGAUUGGGAUUUUCUUAAUAGAGUUCUGCAGGGAUUUGGGUUCCAUCCAGUCAUGGUUAAAUGGAUUAUGGCUUGUGUUUCUUCCCCGUGGUUCAUGCUCAAUUUUAAUGGUGAAGAUCAUGGGAGUUUUUUAUGGGCUAAUGGUGAGAUAGUCAAAGAUAAAGCUAAAGUUAAGUGGCUUGAAAUUUGCAAACCUAAGGAGUAUGGUGGGCUCGGAAUAAAGAAUUUGAGGAGAUGGAAUGAUGCUUUGCUUGCUAAACAUGUUUGGAAUGUGGUUAAUAACAAAAAUUCCCUGUGGGUGCAGUGGGUGAGAAUCAAUUAUAUAGGCAGCAGGAAUUUUUGGGAUAUUUUGCAGAAAAAGAGUAUGAGCUGGACAUGGAAGAGAUUUUUGGAGAUAAGGAAAACUGUUAGGCCUCAUGUUAUUUCAUGUGUGGGUAAUGGGAGGAACACUUCUUUAUGGCAUGAUUGGUGGCAUCCAAUAGGUAUUCUUUGUACUAUUAUCCUUAGGAGAGAGUGGAUUAGUAAUGGUCUUAGUGAUUCUGCUUUAGUUUGUGAUGUUCUUCAGUUUGAUUCUUAUUCAUGGCCGGUUGAAUGGGUUAAUAAGUUCCCUGGAUUGACUGAAGCUCCUAUGUUCUGUAUUGAUUCUAAUUUGAAUAACUUUGGGGAUAUUGUGCCUUGGUAUGAUCUUGUUUGGUAUAAUAAUUGCAUUCCUCGCAACUCUUUUAUUUUAUGGUUGGCUGUCCUGAACAGAUUAAAAACUCAGGAUAGGGUUAGAGGAUGGGAAGUGGCUGGUAAUUUGCUGUGUCCUUUUUGUGAUAAUAUGCCUGAUUCGCAUAACCAUUUAUUCUUUAAUUGUGAGUAUUCAUCCAGAAUCUGGAAAUAUUUCUGUAGUAAAGUGGGUCUAAAUUUGUCAGCGGUUGAAUGGAAUGAUCUUAUUUUUAUGUUGAGCAGUAUGCUUAAACUGAAGACUGGUGAGAAUUUGAUCAUCAAAUGUAUGAUUGCUAGCUGUGUGUCUCAUAUUUGGAGAGAGAGAAAUUCUAGACUUUUUGGUUCUAGCAUAAUAUCAGUUGAGGGGAUUAUAGCUAGUAUUGAGAAUGAGAUUCGUUUGAAGCUGAUGGGAUUAAGGAAAAGAACUAAAAUGAUCAAUAAUAAGAUUUAUUUGAUCUGGGGUAUUUCGGGAAUUAUGAAUGGAGAAUAA